CUAUAACAUUUGAUACUUACUUUUUUCGCUAGUAGGGAAUGUAUCAGAUGACGCCUAAUCGGAUGCGAGGGGAUAAAGAUAUAAAAUGAAUUAAAAGCUAAAUUUUUCGAUUGAAAAGAUCGAUAAAAUAUAACGGCAACACUAAAGGAUGCUGAAAAAAUUUGUUGCAUCUAUAUUGAAAUGGAGAUAAGGGAUGUUUUGAAUAGAUGAACACGUGUUCAACCAAUUUACAAUUCCUCAUAAAUAGUUCCCACUUCAUUUUUUGAUCAUUUUCGCUUAAACCGGGAAAGCGUUCACUAAUCUAAUUUUGUUUUAUUUGUCUGCAAAAAGAAUACAUCUGUAAAAAGAAAACGAAAUGGAAAAGUGGGAAGGAAAAGUUGCCCUCGUAACCGGAGCAUCCAAGGGAAUUGGAGCUGCCAUCUGUAUAGAAUUAGUAAAAUCUGGAAUGAUCGUUUACGGAAUUGCUAGAUCUGUUGAAUUAAUUCAAGCUCUCUCUGAUCAACUUAAAGGCCAAAAAGGACAGUUGAUUGCUAAAAAAUGCGAUUUAAGAGUAAAAUCACAAAUUUUGGAUGUUUUCACUGAAAUUGAAAAGAAGCACGGAUUAGUUCAUGUCGUCGUAAAUAACGCAAGCGUUUCUGGAUCUGCCAGUAUUAUGGAUGGCGAAACCAAGGAUUGGAGAAACAUGCUCGCGGUAAAUGUUGUUGCUCCUGCAAUCACUUGCCAAAAAGCUAUAAACCUUAUGAUGGAAAAGGAUUACGAUACUGGACACAUUAUCAACAUUGGAGCUACAUCAAGCCAUAACAUUUCUAUUUACCCUUCACAUCACUUUUGGUCCGCCACAAAAUAUGGUCUGAGAUCAAUGACUGAAGGCUUCAGUAUGGAGUUGAAAUCUCUUAAGAGUCAUAUCAAAAUGACCCACAUCAGUCCAGGCAACACCAAAACUGACUUUUUAAAAGGAAAGAUGAUGCCAUUCGACCCGGAUUUUGAAGAAUUUAAGAAAUUCGCUGUAAGAGUUGGUGUUAAGGAAGAGAAUCUUCCCAAGAAGAACCCAGUUGACUUGACCGGAGAAGGAAUCUACAAUUCCGAGGAACCAAGAGCUCUUAAGCCCGGUGAUGUCGCUGACUACGUCAUUUACGCUUUAUCUUCUCCUCUUCACGCUGAGGUUUCCGAACUGACCAUUAGGCCAAUCCAAACAUAUUAAUUCAAAUCGGUGAAAGUAAUAAUUCCUUACUGUUGUUUAAAAGAAACAUAAAAAACAACAUUAUCCGAUAAUGAUGGCGAUGUUAAAAUUAGUAAUACAGUUGGUAAUGAGACAAACGUUUCCUUAUAUAUAUACAUAUAUAUAUAUAUAUAUAUACAGUAUAUAUAUAUAUAGAAAAAACUAUAAGCUUAAAAUAGGCCUUUAGAUGUAAUACGUUGACAUGAAAAUAAAAA